UCACGGGUCCGCCGUGGAGAAUGGGAAGGAGUGGGCGCGCGCAGCUGUCACUCCCGGAGUUUUCCUCCCCUCGUGCAGUCCGUCCGUUCAUCCGUGCCACGCGGAGAGAAAAGAGCCCGAAUCUUGUGCCACUGUUCGCGUUCUCGGUGAUAUACCGCUAAAGAAAGAAUGGGAGGCAAGCUCAGCAGGAGGAGGAGUGAGCCUGCAGAGGGCGCCGCUCCAGCAGAGGGCGCCGCCCCAGAGGAGGCCACUAAGGAGGCCACGCCGGCGGAAGAUGCUCCCGCGGCCACCGCCGCCUCCGAGGGGGGGGCCGGCGCCGGACCGCUGGCGGGCGUGCUGGACUCGGUGAGUCAGACGGUCCAGGAGACGGUGAGCGCUGCCAAGGAGAAGGUUCCGGAAGCGCUGCACGCGCCCAUAGACGACGCCGUGAAGACGGCCUCCGACAGCGCCAUGGGGAUGGUGGACUCCAUGAUGGCCGCCCUGAGCGUGAAGGAGGAGGCCAAGGAGGAGCCCGCCGCCAAGGAACCGGAACCGGAACCAGAACCCGAACCCGCCGCCAUUCCAGAGCCCACACCAGAACCCGCCGCCAUCAUUCCAGAACCCGUGUCCAUUCCAGAGCCAGAGCCCGUGGCGGCUCCACAGCCGGAUCCGGUCCCAGAACCCGCACCAGAACCUGUGGCUGAGCCCGAGCCCGAGCCCGCCGCUCCCGAGCCAGAACCGGUCCCGGAGCCCGAGCCCGAGCCGCUGGUGGCCCUGUCCGAAGAGCCGGCCGCACCCCCCGCCCCCGAACCCGCGCUGCUCUCCGCCCUGGACGACCUGAUGGCCGAGCCUGUUCCGGAACCCCUGGCCCCCGCCCCCGAGCCCGUGCUGCCCGCCGUAGACGACCUGGAGCUGCCCGCGAUGCCCGCCGUACCUGCGAUGCCCGCUGUACCCGCGGAGGAGGAGCUGGCGCUGCCCACGGAGGUGACCGACAGCAUCACGGACGCGCUGGAGCAGUGCGUGGAGAGCGCCCCGCUCGACCUCGACGACCUGCAGCAGGUGACCGGACUGAAAGUGGACUUGAGCCCUGCCGCCGACGACGGGAUGCUGGUCCCCGACGACCUCGCGGGCGUGGCCGGCGAUGCCAUGACGACCGCCUCCGGCAUCGUCAACGACCUCAUCUGAGCACGGCACUGUGCACACACACACACACACACACACACGCACGCGCACAUACACAUAGAUACACAUACACACAUAUACACACACAUACAUACACACAUACUCACAUACACAGAGCCCUCCCCCCCCUCCUACACACACUACAGGACUGAAGAGUGCACGUGUGCGUGUGUGUGUGAGCGGGUUAGACGUAGUGUGAAGUUUUAGUUCUGUGAGUAAUGACGUCGGGUUCAGUGAGGGCAUGGUUGGGCUGGUGGGGUGGGGGGGGGGCGUUGGGGGGUGUGAAGAGAAAGGGAAUUGUGUACAAAUACUGAUCCUGUCUGUAAACUGUCGGAGGGAUGGAGGGAUGGAGGGAGGGAUGGAGGGAGGGAGGGAUGGAGGGCGUGCCGUGCCGCGAUGCGAUGCGACUCCUGCGCUCGAGUCCAGUUUCCCGCCGUGCCGUGCUGCGCUGCACUCCGCACACGGCCUCCCUGCGGCCCUCGACCAACGCCGCUAGAUCUGUAUAGGAAGCAACCCCAGUGAGUUCUAAACCAUGUUAACUCAAUCAGUGUUUAUUCUGUCCUGCGCUCUCUCUCUUUCUCGCUCUCUGUCUCUUUCUCUCUCUCUCUCUCUCCUUUUCUCUUUCUCUUCUCCUCUUUCCUGCUUUCUCUGUAUGUGUUCUGAAUCGGUGUGAAGGAACGUGGCCUUAUGUGUGUCGCCAGAUGGAAUGUACUUGUCAACAGCUGAUGACUACGAUGGUGGUUCGGGAAAAUAAAAUAUGAUGGUUAUGUUAACAA